UCUUGUUAGUGAAUCGCAGGCCCCACCCGUGCCUUGCCGAGCGGACGCAAGCGCGGUUGAUCAGCAGCGUCUCUCAACGUCCCAAGCGCAGCUGGUGUGUCAGAUGAAGAACCCUUAACUGCGGCCGCUCAGACCAGCGAACUUACUGCAAACCCAACCCUUCUCUCACUUGUGAUGCGGCGUCAAUUGUCAACCGGACGCACAACCCGUCGACCUAGACUCGUUCGACCCAGUCGCUCGUUCCAAUAGCCCUUCGGCACUGCACCUACUCUGUCGUCAAUCCGUGACCGCUGCCUCGGACAAGCCGCCUCACUGACCGAGCAUGGCCGACCUUGAGAAUCACGCUCGUGAGCAGCAGCAGCAGCCACCUCUUCCGGCAUAUCACGACAAUGAGGAGGAUGGGUAUGCUUCGGACAGCCAGCUUGUCCCGGCGGACGCAGACGACGUCCUGCCCUCCCACGUCGGCUUAACUCCCGACGGCAAGGUCGCUCAGCCAUGGCAACGACACGUCGGCCAGCGCGCCCUCGGCUACCUACCCGCUCUCAUCGUGUUCCUGAUCGGCGCAUUCCUGGCGACCUGUCCACGGCCACGGCACUGGAUCCCUUAUCCAGCCAGACAGAUCCUCAUCAUGGUAUGCGCGAGCCUGCUGGUCAUCCCGCCCUCGUUGCGACGCUCUGUAUCCUUUGGCCCCUCGGUGCGCGCCAGACGCCUCCUCAUGUCCUACGCGGGCAUGGCGCUCGCCAUGUACGCGCUGGUCUUUGCGUCAGACGACGUGCACAUCGAGUAUCGCUGGGACACGCUUAUCUGGCACAGCACGCUGGAGGGCCCGCAGUUGGGGUAUCUUACGCGCACCUUGCUUGCCGUGGCGGGCAUGGUCAUACAUCGGACAGCUGGGUUGCACUCGAAUACAAGGAUCGUAGCCGCGUAUCUGCUGAGCAUACUGGCCGUGUACGCGGACACGCCAAUGACUUUGAUAGACCUUGCCAAGGGGAGGCCGAGAUGGUGAGCCACGGCGUCGAGCAAAGGGCACAAGGUCAGGAACUUGGUUUCUUUGUCAGCCAAUCGCAGUUUAGAGUAGUGUUGCACACAAUAGAGAAACGGCAAUCUCCGUCCUAGAGCAA